CCCCGCCCCUAUUCCCCCCCUGUUGUAGGUUGGUCUCCGCUCGUUCCCGUCACCAUGGGCAACAUCUUUGGGAACCUGCUCAAGAGCCUCAUUGGGAAGAAGGAGAUGAGGAUCCUGAUGGUGGGGCUGGACGCGGCCGGGAAAACCACCAUCCUCUAUAAGCUCAAACUGGGGGAGAUCGUCACCACCAUCCCCACUAUUGGGUUCAACGUGGAGACGGUGGAAUAUAAGAACAUCAGCUUCACGGUGUGGGAUGUGGGGGGGCAGGACAAGAUCCGGCCC